AGGAAAGGCUGCCUUCCUCCCAGGCGAGUCCUCCUCUCCUCUUCUCAGCAAAGGUCUGGAGGUGGGACACUGAGCAGGAGCCCAGGGUUGCAGAGGGGCAGAGAAGCUGGGGAAAGGACUGCCCCUCCCUCUCUUUCUUUCUUUCUUUCUUUCUUGGGAGAGAGAAGGAGAGAGGUAGAGCCUCUGGGUGGGAAAAAAGGACUUGGUGACCCUAUACUUUUGCCUUGAGGGAAGAUCUUGCAACAGGCAGAAGAGCAUUGUAGGCUAUCUUGGAAUCCGCCUAGGAGCAGAAGAAAAAACUGGAAAUCAUGUAUUCACAGUGGAAGAAAUAAAGGAAACAAAGUCUCAUGUGCUGCUGAUGGUCCAAUAAAGGAACUGAAGUCCCAUGUGCUCUUGAUGGUCUGGGAGAACCAGUCAAGAUGGAAAUGCAAGGCUCAGCUGGCCCUGAGUUAGGAAAAAGCCUUCUACAUCUUCAAGGUGGGAGCAGUGGGGAAUUCUGCAGAGCAACCACACAGAAGAGCCUGGCAGAAGAUAUCUCCCAUUCAGAGGUACAGGGGGAUCAUUUUAAGCAGUUCUGCUACAAGGAAGACCAGGGGCCCCGAGAGGUUUGCAGCCGAAUCCACUCUCUUUGCCAUCAGUGGCUGAGGCCAGAGAGACACACCAAGGCUCAGAUCCUGGACCUAGUGAUCCUGGAGCAGUUUCUGGCUGUCCUUCCCCCAGAGAUGUCAAGCUGGGUCAGGGAAUGUGGAGCAGAGACCAGUUCCCAGGCAGUGGCCCUGGCUGAAGGUUUCCUCCUGAGCCAGGCAGAGGAGAAGAAGCAGGAAAAGCAGCAGGGGCUCCUUGUAGAAAGGGCUGGUGACUUUCCUGUGGCAGAGAAGGCUCUCUCAGGUUAUGGAAAGAGAGUCAGGUGCAGGUGGAUUGGACAGCAGAAUGAGAGAAGCACGACUAAAAUAGGUAACCAAACACAGCCAUGGCAAAUAUGUCGCAGCUCAUCUCUUACUGUCAAUGCACUGAGAACAGCGUCUGUGAGCCCGAAUCAGGUUACUGUAGAGGAAGUGGCUGUGUAUUUUAGUGAAGAGGAGUGGGCCCUGCUGAAUCCAGACCAAAGGGCCUUGCAUAGGGAAGUCAUGGAGGAGAAUUUGGAGAUGGUGGCCUCCUUAGGCAGUGAUGUGAAUGGGAAUGAAGCAGAAGGAAGUGGAUGUCUUGUGUGUGAGAGAAGCUUCAGCUGCAAAGCAAACCUUAAUCAUCACAGGAGAACUCACAUAGAGGAGAAAUCACUUAAGGAUGGUGAAAACAGAAAUGCGGACAGUUAUGUAAAAAACCUGAUUUCUCAUGAAAUAUCUCAAAAAGCAGAGAAACCAUUUAAAUGUCAGAAAUGUGGCAAGAGUUUAAGAUGUAGCUCACAGCUUAUGUCACACCAAAGAUUACACUCAGGGGAGAAAUCCUUAAUAGGCUUAGACAGUGGAAAGAGCUGCAGUCAGAAGACACAGCAGACGUACCAUGAAGCAGGACAUACAGACAAAAAACCAUUUCAGUGUUUGGAAUGUGGAAAGAGCUUCAGUCAGAAGAGAAGCCUAAUUGAUCAUCAAGCAACUCACACAAGGGAUAAACCAUUUAAAUUCUUGGACUGCAGAAAGAGAUACAGGUUGAAAAUAAGCCUUGUUGAUCAUCAAGCAAUACACACAGGGGAGAAACCAUUAAAGUGUUUGGAGUGUGGAAAAAGCUUCAGGCAGAAAACACACCUAAUUUCUCAUCAAGCAACUCACACAAGGGAAAAAUGUUUUAAAUGCCUGGAAUGUGGAAAGAACUUCCGUCGAAAGGAACACCUCAUCCGUCAUCAAAGAUCCCACAUGGGAAACAAACCUUCUAAAUGUUUGGAGAGUGGAAUAAGUUUCAGUCAGAAGACAGAUCUCUUAUGUCAUGAGGCAGAUCAUACGGAUGAGAAACACUUUAAAUGUUUAGAUUGUGGAAAGAGUUUCUGUUGGAAGAGAAACUUAAUUCGUCAUCAAGUAACUCACACAAGAGUGAAAGCAUUUAAGUGUUUGGAGUGUGGAAAGAGCUUCAGUCACAAAAAUCACCUCACUUCUCAUCAAGCAAUUCAUCCAGGAAAGAAACCAUUUAAAUGUUUGGAGUGUGGAAAGGACUUCAGGCACAAGUCACACUUCACUGAUCAUCAAAGAGUUCACACAGGAGUAAAACCAUUUAAAUGCCUGGAAUGUGGAAAGAAACUCAGUGGAAGGUCACACCUCACCCGUCAUCAAAGAAUCCACACAGGGGAGAAACCUUUUAAAUGCUUGGAGUGUGGGAAAACCUUCAGAGAGAAGACAACCCUCCUUUGUCAUCAAGCAAUUCACACAGGAGAGAAACCAUUUAAGUGUUUGGAGUGUGGAAAAAGCUUCAGUUGGAAGACAAGCUUCAUUCGUCACCAGGCAGCUCACACAGGGGAAGAACCAUUUCAGUGUUUGGAGUGUGGGAAAAACUUCAGCCAGAAGGCAAACCUCAUUCGUCAUCAAGCAGUUCACACAAUGGAGAAACCAUAUAAAUGCUUGGAGUGUGGAAAGAGCUUCAGGCAGAAGAUAAAUCUCCUUCGGCAUCAUCCAGUUCACAAGGGGUCCAAUAAAGGAAACGAAAUCCUACGUGGUGCUGAUGGUCUUAGAGCACCGGACAAGAUGGAAAUGCAAGGCUCAUCUGGCCCUGAGUUAGGAAAAGGCCUUCUACAUCUUCCAGCUGGGAGCAGUGGGGAAUUCUGCAGAGCAACCACACAGAAGAGCCUGGCAGAAGAUAUGUUCCAUUCAGAGGUACAGUGGGAGCAUUUUAGGCAGCUCUGCUACAAGGAGAACCAAGGGCCCAGAGAAGUUUGCAGCCGACUCCAUGCUCUUUGCCAUCAGUGGCUGAGGCCAGAGAGAGACGCCACGGCUCAGAUCCUGGACCUGGUGAUCCUGGAGCAGUUUCUGGCUGUCCUUCCCCCAGAGAUGUCAAGCUGGGUCAGGGAAUGUGGGGCAGAGACCAGUUCCCAGGCGGUGGCCCUGGCUGAAGGUUUCCUCCUGAGUCAGGAAGAGGAAAAGAAGCAGGAAAAGCAGCAGGGGCUUGUUGUAGAAGAGGCUGGUGACUUUCCUGUGGCAGAGAAGGCUCUCUCAGACUCUGGAGAGAGAGUCCUGUGCAAGUGGAUGGUACAGCCAGGUGACAGAAGCAUCACCAUAAUGGGUAACCAAACACAGCCAUGGCCAAUAUGUCGCAGCUCAUCUCUUACUGUCGAUGCACUGAGAACAGCGUCUGUGAGCCCGGAUCAGGUUACCUUAGAGGAAGUGGCUGUGUAUUUUAGUGAGGAGGAGUGGGCCCUGCUGAAUCCAGACCAAAGGGCCUUGCAUAGGGAAGUCAUGGAGGAGAAUUUGGAGAUGGUGGCCUCCUUAGGCAAUGAUAUGAAUGGGAAUGAAGAAGGAAGUGAACGUCUUGUGUGUGAGAGAAUCUUCAGCUGCAAAGCAAACCUUAAUCUUCACAGGAGAACUCACAUAGAGGAGAAAUCAAUUAAGGAUGGUGAAAAUAGAAGCAUGGACAGUUACAGGAAAAAACUGAUUUCUCAUGAAAUAUCUCAAAAAGCAGAGAAACCACUUAAAUGUUUAAAAUGUGGCAAGAGUUUAAGAUGUAGCUCACAUCUUAUGUCACACCAAAGAUUACACUCAGGGGAGAAAUCCUUAAUAGGCUUGGACAGUGGAAAGAGCCCAAGUCAGAAGACACAGCAGAGCUCCCAUGAAGCAGGACAUAGAGAUAACAAACUUCUCAGAUGCCUGGAAUGUGGAAAGAGCUUCCGUAGGAGGGGGAGCCUCAUUUAUCAUCAAGCAACUCACACAGGGGAGAAACCAUUUAACUGUUUGGAGUGUGGAAAGGGCUUCAGGCACAAGUCACACUUCACUGAUCAUCAAAGAAUUCACACAGGAGUAAAACCAUUUAAAUGUCUGGAAUGUGGAAAUAAAUUCAGUCGAAGGUCACACCUCACCCGUCAUCAAAGAAUCCACACAGGGGAGAAACCUUUUAAAUGCUUGGAGUGUGGGAAAACCUUCAGACAGAAGACAACCCUCCUUUGUCAUCAAGCAAUUCACGCAGGAGAGAAACCAUUUAAGUGUUUGGAGUGUGGAAAGAGAUUCCUUUACAAGACAAGGCUCAAUUAUCAUCAAGCAAUCCACAGAAGAGAGAACCCAUCCAAAUGCUUGGAGUGUGGAAAGACCUUCAGUCAAAAGGAACACCUCACAUGUCAUAAAAGAUCCCACAUGGAAGAGAAACGUUUUACAUGUUUGGAGUGUGGAAUAAGUUUCAGUCAGAAGACAGACCUUUCAUGCCAUGAGGCAGAUCAUACUGAUGAGAAACCUUUUAGAUGUUUAGACUGUGGCAAGAGGUUCAGUUGGAAGAAAGACCUCAUUUGUCAUCAAUUUACACACACAGUGGAGAAAGCCUUUAAAUGCUUAGAUUGUGGAAAGAGCUUCCGUUGGAAAAGAAACUUAAUUUGUCAUCAGGUAACUCACACAGGAGAGAAACCAUAUAAGUGCUUGGAGUGUGAAAAGAGCUUCAGGGUGGAGAACCAACUCACUUCUCAUCAAGCAAUUCACACAGGAAAGAAACCAUUUAAAUGUUUGGAGUGUGGAAAGGGCUUCAGGAACAAGUCACAUUUCACUGAUCAUCGAAGAGUUCACACAGGAGUAAAACCAUUUGAAUGUCUGGAAUGUGGAAAGAAAUUCAGUCGAAAGGCACACCUCACCCGUCAUCAAAAACCCCACACAGAGGAGAAACCUUUUAAAUGCUUGAAGUGUGGAAAGAGCUUUACCCAGAAGCCAAGCUUCCUUUUUCAUCAGGCAGCUCACAUAGAGGAGAAACCAUUUAAGUGUUUGGAGUGUGGAAAGAGAUUCCUUUGGAAGAUAGGCCUGGUUUAUCAUCAAACAACUCACACAGGAGAGAAGCCAUUUAAAUGUUUGGAGUGUGGAAAAAGCUUUCCAUGGAGGAUAAGCCUCAUUCAUCAUCAAGCAAGACACACAGGAGAGAAACCAUUUAAAUGCUUGGAGUGUGGAAAGGGCUUCAGUCAGAAGUCAUACCUCACUGAUCAUGAAAAAGUUCACACAGGAGUAAAACCAUUUAAAUGCCUGGAAUGUGGAAAGAAAUUCAGUCGAAAGACACACCUCACCAGUCAUCAAAGAACCCACACAGGGGAGAAACCUUUUAAAUGCUUGGAGUGUGGAAACUGCUUCAGGCAGAAGUCAUACCUCACUGAUCAUCAAAACGUUCAUAUGGGAGUAAAUUCAUUUAAAUGCCUGGAAUGUGGAAUGAAAUUCAGUCAAAAGACACACCUCACCAGUCAUCAAAGAACCCACACAAGAGAGAAACCAUUUAAAUGCUUGGAGUGUGGAAACUGCUUCAGGGAGAAGUCAUACCUCACUAAUCAUCAAAAAGUUCAUACAGGAGUAAAUCAAUUUAAAUGCCUGGAAUGUGGAAAGAAAUUCAGUCGAAAGGCACAGCUCACCAGUCAUCAAAGAACCCACACAGGGGAGAAACCUUUUAAAUGCUUGGCGUGUGGAAAGAGCUUUAGCCACAGGUCAAGCCUCAUUCGUCAUCAAGCAGCUCACACAGGAGAGAAACCAUUUAAAUGCUUGGAGUGUGGAAACUGCUUCAGGAAGAAGUCAUACCUCACUGAUCAUGAAAAAGUUCACACAGGAGUAAAACCAUUUAAAUGCCUGGAAUGUGGAAAGAAGUUCAGUCGAAAGACACACCUCACCCGUCAUCAAAGAACCCACACAGGGGAGAAACCUUUUAAACGCUUGGAGUGCGGAAAAAGCUUUAGCUAGAACAGAAGUCUCAUUCAUCAUCAAACAGCUCACACAGCAGAGAAACCAUUACAGUCCUUGGAGUGUGGAAAAAGUUUCUGCCUGAAGGCAAGCCACAUUUGUCAUUAAGCAGCUCACACAACGGAGAAACCAUAUAAAUGCUUGGAGUGUGGAAAGAGCUUCAAGCAGAAGAUAAAUCUCCUUUGGCAUCAUUCAAUUCACAUGAGAAGAAACUCUUUAAAUGUUUAGAUUGUGGAAAGAGUUUCUCUUGAAAGAGAAACUUAAUUCAUUAUCAAGUAACUCACACUGGAGGGAAACCACUUAAGUGCUUGGAGUGUCGGAAAACCUUUCAUCAGAAGGCACACCUCAUUCUCAUCAAACCACUCACACCUUGGAGAAUCCAUUCAAAUGCCCGAAGCACGGGAAGAGUUUCAGCUGGAAGAGAAGUCUCAGCUAAUAAGAGGAAAUAAGAGAAGGGGAUACCAAAUAUUUGAAGAAUAAAAAAAAAUUAGGGACAUCAUUCUAUGCUGCAACCAAAAAGAAAAAAAGAGGAGUGGUUAUUUUUUGUCAAAAAGAGAUAUGAAACAAAAUUACUAAAGAAGGAUGAAGAUGGCAGAUUUGUUUGUAUAGAGAUAACAAUGAACAAUAAAAUGUACAGUGCUAAAUAUAUAUGGUCCGUUGGAAAAAGAAGGAAACAUUUUUUUUUAAUUGAAUGAUAUAUUAAGGGAUAUAAAUAGAGAUAAUUUGAUUUUAGUAGGAGAUUUCGAUGGGGUUAUGAAACCACAAAGCGACAGAAAAUCAAAUAAAAAUAUUUAAAAAUUG